CACGGCACUCGUACAUGUCCGGAGCGUGGAAGGACAUAUGCAAAAAACAUUAUUUUAGCAAUCAUGCUCAGAUUGUUUGUCCGGGGAUCUCGUCAGUCCUCCGUUAAUGUAUGCGAGUCUCUUCUUUCGUCGUCAAAAUGUGAAAGAACCGUAAAUCUAGCCAACACAGUCACAAACGGAUGUGGAUCAAAAUGGCUCAGCACAGGCACAAGGCACCUAUGUGACAAGAAGGACGGCGACGCUGCUGUCAGUGGAGGCGGCAAUAGUAAUGUGGCUGAAGAGAAAAAAGAUGGCAAGGAAUCCCAGGAACAGCCCAUCACCUCAGCCAAGAGUGGGAAGGAGAAUCUCAUCGCUCUUCUAGGAAACAUGAAAGUGGAGGUGACUAAUAAGAGACGACUGCGAGAGCAGCAAAGUGUGUUUUCGAGAAAGCCAAAGGCACCUGACAUGGAGAGCACCAUCAGCAUGUUCCAGAGGGCCACAGUGGAGGCGUCAUCUCAGAGUGAGACUCUGGAUCCGAAGCUUGUGGCGGCUGCAUCUGCGGCCGCCUCAACUCUCCCUGAUCAGAAGCAGGCGGAGUCGGAGCUGCUGCACAAGCUCAGGCAGAACGAAGUCGUCACAAAAGCUCAGAAGAAAGGAAACACGGACAACUUGGGGCUUCUAAUUGCACACAUGAGGGUGGGGAAGGAGCCGAAUCGGCUUAAGACCGGAGUGUCCUCUCAGAUCCUGUUUGAUGACGACGGCCAAGGAUUCACACAAGACAGAAAAAUCCCAGACGACCUUGAGGGAGUCCGGAAACUGAGGAACUUGUUUUCCGGGAAGAGGCUGAACAUAUUUUCUCCUCCAGAAAAGGAGAAGAUGGUUGAUGUGGCAGUAGGCGGCCGCCCAACCUUGUGGGAGGUGGAGUUCGCCAAUGAGCUUUCACAGGUGUCUUCGCAAGUGCCUCGUAAUGGCUUCGAGGAAAUGAUCCAGUGGACCAAGGAAGGGAAGCUCUGGCAGUACCCCAUCGACAACGAAGCAGGUCUUGACGAAGAAAAAAAAGUGCCCUUCCAUGAGCAUAUCUUCCUGGAGAAGCACCUGGAGGAAGGUUUCCCCACCCGCGGCCCGGUCAGACACUUCAUGGAGCUGGUGGUGGCGGGUUUGUCCAAAAACCCACAUCUGACUGUGGCGCAGAAGAAGGACCAUAUAUCCUGGUUCAGGGACUACUUCCACCAGAAGCAGGACAUUCUGAAGGAGGCGGACGUGCUCCUCAAUUAGAGUUGGACUGCCAUAUGGGAGGUUUGAUGCCGAUUACAUCAACAAAUGGAUCAAACUUUCUAUGCCCAGUUACAGAAAACAAAACAUGUACUCAAUCAUUUUUUAGAUAAAAUUAGCUUGAAAGCAGAAAAGAAUAAGAAAAGCUGGUCCAUCUACGCAUUUUGGCUGAACUACUGCACCUUUAUUAAACUGGUGGAAUACUGUAGUAAAAACACAACCUUGGUUUGUGAUCAUGGAUCUUUUACUAUAGAAAUGAAUCUCAACUGGACUGAAAACGUCCACUAAUGCUGCAUUUCCUCAGAGUAAUGGGCGUCUGAAACUACAAUAAAUUAUUUUUCCAGUCCCUGAAUGUU